AUGAACAACAUGAACCAACAGUUCAACAACGUCGACGAACUGCAACGUCAACUGCAAGAACGUGAACGAGAAGUCCACGCGCUCAAGGCCCAGCUCCACCUGGCAUCCCAGACUCACCCCCAGUCUUCGUUUGCCAGCCAGCAGCCGCACUAUCCUGUUGAGCACAGUGAUUUCCCUGUAGACUUUGUCAACGUCCCGAGAAACGUGCCCGCGCAACAAUAUGCCGUUCGCUCCGUGGGUAAAGUCCAGCGCAGCAAGUCCACCAUGGGACAUGCGCCGUCAUCCAUGUCGUCAGGCCGUCCGAUGGACCAGAGCAGCGAACGUCAGCACCCCGUGAAGCGCCCCAGAGUCAUGUCUCAACAGUACACACCAUCGCCUUCCAUGACCACCAGCAUGUCACGAAGCGGCUCCAGCCAGUCGUCGCGAAAUGUGCCAUUUAUCGCAGCUGGGCCCAUCGCUCCUCUCCAGAGCUCCAAUACAGCCCACACGCCGCACAGCGGUUUCACCCAGGCCCGAGACGUCUCCUCUGGCAACUACGGCUUUGCCACGUCCCUCCAGCGGUCAAACACAACUCAGCGCCGCUCAUUUCUGCAAAGCGUCGAGGAGCACGGCUCUCUUGAUGGUGUCGGCAUCCACCCAUUGGCCUAUCUGGAAGCACACGAGACCACCGACGCCGUAGCAUCUUCAAAUCCAAGACCCCCGCCUGCACAGAACUACGCUCUAUCACACAGCAAUCGCGGCUCGGGCUCUAGCCUCAUGAUGUCGGCUUGCCCGUCCAUGACGUCGGGGCCAUCUGCCGCAGAAUCGGCAGCGUUGACCCGAGACAACAGCUCCUUCGACAGUGCUCUCGUCGGCGCAUUCGAUAUGGCCAGGCUCGACUCGACGCACUCCCAACAGACUGACUUAUCUCUGGAGCAGGAGUUCUACGUCUCGUUCCAGGAUGACACUUGCGAAAAGAGCGGCGAACCGAUGUCCUACCUAGGCGACGGCUUCCUUGACCCCUUGUCCCAAGAUUAUUCCACCUCUGCCCACAGUGAGCAGUUCCUGUCUCAAGAGUCUAUUGGCAUGGAGCGAUCCAACAGCUCCACCUCCACACAGUCCAGCGUGGAGCGCCGUGCACGCGAAGCCCGUCGACGCCACAACCAGAAUGCCACGAGGCUGCUCGCAGCAAAGCCCGAAGCUGUCGUCAAGAGUUCUCCGGCACAGGCCUCCAAAAAGGAUGGCAAGGUGGCCGUGACAAAGAGCGGCCCGUACACCAGGCCCAAGCACCCCAAGGUCAAGUGCACCAUGUGCGACGACAACCCGCAGGGCUUCCGAGGCGAGCACGAGCUGAAGCGCCAUGUUGAAGCGAAGCAUGCCGGCGUUGUCAGGAAGUUCAUUUGCCGAGAUCCCGCCCUCUCGGGCAUGCCCACCGCUGUUCAAGCUCUUCACCCCCUCAGCAAGUGCAAGCAAUGCAAGGCCAAGAAGCAAUACGGUGCUUACUAUAACGCAGCGGCACACUUGCGUCGGACGCACUUCAAGCCCAAGGUUGCCCGGGGCAAGAAGGCGCGCGGUGACGACGAGGAGAAAGCGUGGUGGCAAGGGCGGCGCAGCGAAACCAACGAUGCGGACGAGGAGGAGGACGACAAUGAAGCAGCCAAUACGGCCAUGACGGCGAUGGAUAUGACGUUCCCAGUCAUCGGCAACAAGCUGUCCCAGGAGCCGGACUUUCCCGGGUACAGCAUAGGUCCCGAGCUGCCACUCGACACGAUGUCUCCUGACCAGCCCGCACUCAUGUCUGCGGCCACCUUUGAGUUUACUCCCUAUGCCACGUUGUCGCCGGUGGGCAUGAUGCCAUCCGAUGCUACCUUCUCGGCUAUGAACGCUUUAACGUCGGCGAAUUGCAGUAAUCAACUGUCGCAAGGAUUCAUGGUUGACGAAUACGCGCCCUUCCCAUUCAACAUGUCUGGAGCAGUCUGA